GGGGUUUGAGUGGCUGAGGUAUUUUUUAUUCUUUUUAUUCUUUUAAAUUUUUUAGUUUCUCUCUUUUUUUUUUUUUUUAAUUUCAACCAAUCACAAAGUGACACGUAACAUAUUUAUCCAUCAAAACCGGUUACCAACAGAUUAGGGAUCAAUAGAAGAAAAUCGCCUAUAAAGAUGAAAUAUUGAAUAAAAAUCAAAAGGUGGGAUCAUGGGAAUCAAAUUUUCCUAAAAUAUAUUUGGUUUUUCUUUUUUUUGAAGGGUGACUUAUAUACUUCGUUUCAAUAAACCCCCAGUCGCUCACUUGCUCUCUCAAAGACGGCCUCCACCAUCGCUCAACACCCUCUGACUAUUCCGGCAACGAUUACAGUUUGCAUUUGUUCUUUGCUCAUCUAAACCAAACGCAUAUACUGCUUCUCACUCACGGUCGCACCCGUGUUCGAGUUCGAGUUCAAGUUCAAGUUCAACACAUUACAACAUCUCAAAAAACUGCGUUACAAGCAAGCCAAAAACCCAGGCCUUGCUGCUUCAAGCUACCCGAUUUCUAUAAUCAAUGGCAGAACCUAAAGUCAAAUACGAUCGACAACUUCGGAUAUGGGGUGAGCAAGGACAAGCAGCAUUGGAAAAAGCGACUGUCUGUUUGCUGAAUUGUGGACCUACUGGGUCUGAAACUUUGAAGAAUUUGGUUCUUGGUGGGACUGGCAGCAUCACUGUGGUUGAUGGAUCAAAGGUCGAACUGGGUGAUCUUGGAAAUAACUUCAUGGUGGAUGAAACCAGUCUUGGUGAAUCAAAGGCAAAAUGUGUCUGUGCAUUCCUGCAAGAGCUCAAUGAUGCUGUGAAUGCAAAGUUUAUUGAAGAAGUACCUGAGAAGUUAAUUGAGUCAAAUCCAUCAUUCUUUUCACAAUUUACCUUGGUGAUAGCUACGCAGUUGGUGGAAGACAAGAUGAUAAAGCUGGAUAGAAUCUGCAGGGAGGCUAAUGUGAUGUUAGUAUUUGCUCGAUCUUAUGGCCUAACUGGCCUUGUACGUGUUAGUGUAAAGGAGCACACUGUGAUUGAAUCUAAGCCUGACCAUUUCUUGGAUGAUCUUCGGUUAAAUAAUCCAUGGCCAGAGCUCAAGAGGUUUGUAGAAUCUAUUGAUAUAAAUGUGCAAGAUCCGGUUUCUCACAAGCACAUACCCUAUGUUGUGAUUCUUGUAAAAGUGGCUGAGGAAUGGGCUCAAAGUCACGGUGGUGCCCUUCCAUCAACUAGAGAAGAGAAAAAAGAGUUCAAGGAUCUUCUCAAAUCAAAGACGAUUGGUCUUGAUGAAGAUAACUACAAAGAAGCUGUUGAUGCCUCCUUUAAGCUCUUUGCUCCUCGAGGAAUCAGUCCAAAUCUGAUGCAAAUACUGAAAGACAGUUCUGCUGAAAUUAAUUCCGAUUCAUCUGAUUUUUGGGUGAUGGUGGCGGCCUUGAAGGAAUUUGUUGCUAACGAAGGUGCUGGUGAAGUUCCGCUUGAAGGAUCAAUUCCUGAUAUGACAUCUUCAACAGAGCAAUACGUGAAUCUCCAAAAGGUUUACCAGGCUAAGGCUGAAGCUGACUUUCUUGCUAUGGAGAAGCGUGUGCAAAAUCUUCUGAAGAAUAUUGGUAGAGAUCUGCAAAGCAUUUCCAAGAUGACAGUUAAAGGUUUUUGCAAGAAUGCUAGAAAACUCACAGUAUGCAGAUACCGGAUGGUCGAAGAGGAGCUCAACACUCCUAACCUUUCCGAGUUGCAGAAGUAUUUGACAGAUGAGGAUUAUAGCAUGGCUGUUGGGUUUUACAUCUUGUUGCGAGCUGCAGAUCGUUUUGCUGCCAACUAUAAUAGUUUUCCGGGCCAAUUUGACGGAGAGAUAGAUGAAGAUAUAUCUCGUUUGAAGACUUUAGCUGUAAGCUUAUUGACCGACAUGGGCUGUAGUGGCUCAAUCUUGACCGAGGAUCUCAUUUAUGAAAUUUGCCGGUUUGGAGCUGCAGAGCUCCAUGCAGUCGCUGCUUUCAUUGGUGGGAUUGCUUCACAGGAAGUGAUUAAGCUUAUCACAAAACAAUUUAUUCCCAUGACUGGAACGUUCAUUUUUAAUGCCAUUGAUCACAAGUCUCAAUUAUUGCUCUUAUAGUAAGUGUUUACGCAAGAGUAGCUGUCACGUUGGCACGCAUUUUGGCUACCAUUCUCUUGCAUAAUGUGUAGAAAAGCUUAAAGUAUACUGUCAUAGUUGGGCGAUUCCCAAACUUAGUUGAUCAAUCUUUUGUAGCUUUGAGGGAUACUGGAAUCCUGCAUUCCUUUUUAAACUAACUCUCUCGUUUUGUUGGAGAUGUACAAACCUUCAUUGUAAUUAGUGCUCCGUAAUAUAUAUACUUAACAAGUUACCAUCAGAUCUCAUGGAAAGUUGAGAGCUACUACGUAAAAUGUAUGACUAGAAAGUUGUUACUCUUAUACUUAUUUUUUAUUUUAUUUAUACCGUUUAGAUUUCUAUAUUA